CCUGAAGGCUGAGGAGCCAGCGGGAUGCCCGGUCUGAUGAACCAGAUGACAGGGGCAGCCCUGCCCCUCACUGCCUCUGACGUCACCUCCUUCGUCAGUGGUUAUGCCCUGGGUCUGACUGCAUCCCUCACCUAUGGCAACCUGGAAGCCCAGUCUUUCCAGGGCCUCUUCGUGUACCCGCUGGAUGAGUACACCACGGUGAUCGGCUUUGAGGCGGUCAUUGCUGACCGGGUUAUAACGGUACAGAUCAAGGACAAAGCCAAGAUGGAGAGUGGCCACUUCAAUGCCACCCACCUUCGAGCCACAACUGUCACAGGAAACAUCCUGCGAGAGGGGGUUUCCGCGGUCCCGACCCCCUGCACACUGGGAAAGGUGGCUUUGGAUGAGGAUUUGGAGCGGAUCCUCUUCGUGGUCAACCUGGGGACCAUCACCCCGAUGGAGAACGUCAAGGUCUUCAUCAGCACCUCCUCAGAGCUCCCGACGCUGCCCAGUGGGGCCAUGCGGGUCCUGCUGCCUGCUGUCUGCGCCCCGACCGUGCCCCAGUUCUGCACAGAGAGCGGUGACCCCUCCAGCCAACAGGCCCACGGCAAAGACAGGCAUUGCUUUGGCGCCCGGGCCCUGGACUCCUGGAACAAGCUGUGCCUGGCAACUCUUCUGGACAUGGAUGUAUCCAACCCCAUGGAAUAUGAGUUCAACUUCCAGCUGGAGAUCCGUGGGCCAUGCCUGCUCGCAGGAGUAGAGAGUCCGACCCACGAGAUUCGAGCCGACGCCGCCCCGUCCGCAUGCUCGGCCAAGAGCAUAAUCAUCACCUUGGCCAACAGGCACACCUUCGACCGGCCGGUGGAGAUACUCAUCCACCCCAGCGAACCCCACAUGCCACAUGUCCUGAUGGAGAAAGGAGACAUGACCGUGGGAGAAUUUGAGCAGCACCUGAGGGGAAGAGCAGAUUUCAUUAAAGGGAUGAAGAAGGACAGCAGUGCAGAGCGAAAGACAGAAAUCAUCCGGAAACGCCUCCACAAGGACAUUCCCCACCAUUCUGUCAUCAUGCUCAACUUCUGUCCUGACCUCCAGUCGUUCCAGCCGAACCUGAGGAAGACCCAUGGCGAGUUUAUCUUCCUCAUUGACAGGAGUGGCAGCAUGAGUGGGACCAAUAUCCACCGUGUCAAGGAUGCCAUGCUGGUGGCUCUUAAGAGCCUCAUGCCAGCUUGCCUCUUCAAUGUCAUUGGGUUUGGAUCCACAUUUAAGAGCCUCUUCCCUUCCAGUCAGACCUACAACGAGGAGACCUUGGCCAUCGCCUGUGAGAACAUUCAGAGAAUGCGGGCCGACAUGGGCGGCACCAACAUCCUCUCCCCGCUCAGGUGGGUCAUCCGGCAGCCAGUGCACCGAGGCCACCCGCGACUCCUCUUCGUGGUCACAGACGGGGCGGUCAACAACACCGGGAAGGUGCUGGAGCUGGUGCGAAACCAUGCCUUCUCCACCAGGUGCUAUAGCUUUGGAAUUGGACCCAACGUCUGCCACAGGCUGGUGAGGGGGCUGGCAACCGUGUCCAAGGGCAGUGCUGAGUUCCUGAUGGAGGGGGAGCGGCUGCAACCCAAGAUGGUCAAAUCCCUGAAGAAGGCCAUGGCCCCAGUCCUGAGUGAUGUGACUGUGGAGUGGGUCUUCCCGGAGACCACCGAAGUGCUGGUCUCCCCCUUGAGCACCAGCACCCUCUUCCCUGGGGAACGGCUGGUGGGAUACGGCAUUGUGUGUGAUGCCUCCUUAUACAUCUCCAACUCCAGAACUGACAAGAGGAGACGAUACAGCAUGCUGCACUCUCAGGAGUCCAGCAGCUCUGUCUUCUACCAUUCACAGGAUGAGGGGCCCGGCUCAGACAAUGCAAAUUGUCCCAAUAGCUUGGGGGAACCCCUCAACCUGCAGCAGGCCACAGAUGCCCGGCCGUCCAGUGGCGACCCCGCCACCAGUCCUGGUGUGGGCCUCUCCCAGCGACGACGGGCAUAUAGCACCAACCAGAUCAUCGACCACAAGCCCUCCCCGAGGGCCACCACGGUCAGCGACCCCACGAUGGCUGCCAGGAGAUACCCACUGCGGAAAGCCAAGCUGCAGGACCUCAUCAACCAGCCCGGCCCAGAUGCCCAGGCGAGGCAGAUUGAUUUGCAGCCCUUCCUGAACAGCGGCUGGGACCCGUGCCAAGGCCCCAAACUCCGGGGCCCAGGGGCCCGCAGGCCCUCUCUGCUGCCCCAAGGCUGCCAGCCCUUCGUGCCCUCUGACCAGGAGACCCAGGCCUGGAGCCCCAUGAGGGAGCUGGAUCUUGGGUACAGCCUGCAGCCUGCCUCAGACAGCCUCAGCCCUGGGGACCAGGAGCCGGUCCAUCAACCCUCCUCCUUGGAGACCCAGACCUCCCCGGCCUGGGAGCCUCAGGCCAGCAUGGGCAGGCCGGCCACCCCAGGCCCCGUGGUGGGCAAGGCCGUGGUCAAGGGCCUGCGGGACAGCCAGCGUUUACAAUGGGAGGUGAGCUUCGAGCUGGAGCCCCCGGGCCACGAGCGGAGCAGAGCGCACGAUGCCGACCUUUGGAAGGAGACCUUCCACCACCUGGCGCCUUUUGGAGUCCACACGGUGACCCCAGCUUCUCCCUCCGCAGGGUCCAGCCGCCGCUACCAGGUAAACGCUGUGCAUACCAGCAAGGCCUGCAACAUCAUCAGCAAGUACACCGCCUACGUGCCUGUGGACGUGAGCGAGAGGCUGUACCUGCCCACCGUGGUAGCCUACCCCAGCUCCGGUGCUGCACUGCGGAUGGCCAGCUCUCGGGCCCUGAGCCAACAGUGGAGGGGCAGCUCUGCUGGCUUCAGUCGGUCCCAGUCCGUGUUCACGGAAGACCCGGCAGCAGGACCUGGCAGAUUCCAGAACCUAAAUGUGGAGGAAAACCCUGCUGUGUCCUCCGGCAACGCCACAUCCCCGGGCGGGGAGAAGUACGCUGCUUCUGAGGGUCCCCAGCACGGCCUGGCCACCAACACCCCUUCUUCCUUGAAGACCUCUGAGACCCUGUUUGGAACCAGGCUGACUAUCAAAAAGUCCAGGCUGCUGACGCAGGCAGCCAGGGGCUUCCUGGGCAAGCCGCUGACCAAGACUCCAGAGUCAACGCCGGGGAGCCAGAGCUUUGACUACGUCCCACUGGUGUCUCUGCAGCUGGCCUCCGGAGCCUUCCUGAUGAACCAGGCCUUCUGCGAGGCCAUCCACAUCCCUAUGGACAAGCUCAAGUGGACCUCGCCCUUCACCUGCCACCGAGUGUCCCUCACAGCCCGCCAGCCCGCGUCUAAGACCAGCCCCUCGUCUCGGCACCCCUCUUGUGACACCUUCUCCGAGGAGCCUCUGGCAGGGAACAAGGCGAGCUGGGAGCCCAGCGCGGUGACAGAACAUACAGGGAAGCUGUGGGCCACGGUGGUGGCCCUGGCGUGGCUGGAGCACAGCUCGGCAUCUUACUUUGUUGAGUGGGAGCUGGUGGCCGCCAAGGCCAGCGCGUGGCUGGAGCAGCAGGAGGUGCCGGAGGGCCGCACGCGGGGCACGCUCAAGGCCGCCGCCCUACAGCUGUUCGUGCUCCUGCGGCACUGGGACGAGAGCCUGGAGUUCAAUAUGCUCUGCUAUAACCCGAAUUAUGUGUAGGGGGGUUGAGGCAGGGGAGGCGGGCGGGGACCUGAGGGCCUGGGAGGGGAGCUUUGGAAGCUGUAAUAUAUUGGUUGCUAGAAGAGCCCUGGACUAGCGGUCAGGAGGCCUGAAUUCCAUCCCAACUUAGCUACCACCUAGCUGUGCAACGGAAGGGCAGACCAU